UUUCACGGCUAACGGUUUCACAAAAUUCACACACCCUAUUUUGAAUUAUUUAGGUAAAUGAUGCCACGUUUAAUAAGAAAUUUAGAUACUUAAUAACUGUAAAAAAGGAAAACGCUCACAGAUCAUUUGGAACGGCAAACGUCCAUGAAAUCAAGGAUGGAGAGAGUCGCGCGUAUCGCGGUCUUCCUGUGUCUAAUCGUCCUGCUCCAGGAAGUUAGGCCCACCCAUUUGGCCUCGUUUCCAAGCGAAAAAAGAGUAGAAGUCGCCGAUCAGGACAUUGAAGACGAUGAAGAUUAUAGUACGGAGGAGGAGGAUAGUGCACUUAAGCCACAAAAAACAGAGACACAAAAAAACUCAAACCGAUCUUUUUUUUCGAGGGGUGUCAGGUUCUUUUCAAACUUGUUUAAAGGAGCGCAGAUAACCGGCAAGUUCUUGAACGUCGUGUCAUCAGGAGCAGUCCUUGUGAAUGAAAUAAUCAGAGCUGUGGAUGGUUGCGGUGGUGACGCGAAAAAAUAUUACAACGAGUAUAACAAAACGAGGGAGGAAGUUGAGGCGCUUAUCACAGAAACCGACGGGCUGACCUUGAGUGUUCAGAAUGCCAAUACCACAAUGUUUGCCAGUUUGGAUCGAUUCGUCGACUCAGUGAACACACUCAACAAAAUAGGAGAAUCUCAGUUAAAAUAUCUCGAGAGCUUAUCGCCUGAAGUAAGGAAUAGGCUCAGAACGGCCACUGCAGAAGCUAGAGCAUACGUCAACAAAAUGAAUGAGCUAAAAGAAGUAGUGGAAUAUUCUAGAGUCAACCAGUUCUACCGGUCAGCUCUGGAAAAUGUCAUGGCUAUCGGGACCCCCGCAUUCGCAAUGACAAUCCCUAUCAUCGAGACUUUGGUCAGUUUUUGUCAGAAGUCGGCGACGGGUCGAGCGACCGCCAAACAGCUUUCAAGGCAAAACGCCAUAAAGUUUAAGGGACCCUCGAGAAGUAAUAGAAACCUCUGGAAAACCCAGAGACUUGGCGCUAUUACAACCAAGCUUAACAAUGCUAAAACAAUGAAAACGUCCAAGCUGGGCAAAGCAAAACGGUUCGCAGGUGCUCUCGGAAAGGGAUUUUUAGUGGCUUUUGACUUUGCAACUGCUGGUUUCAAUAUAAAGACACUUUAUGAUCAAAUAAAGCAGUGCCAAAAAUUAACAGAGGAAACAAAGAAAUCCCGUGAUAAGAUGAUGGAAACCAAGAAGCUAUUUGAACAAGGAAAAACCAACUUGACAAAUGCUCAAAAUGAAAUCCUUAAGACAUCGACUACAAUCUACGGCAAUAUGACCGACGAAGACUUCAUCACAAACGUGGAACAAAUCCGUGACAUGCUUUCCAAAUUGUCAGAGACAUCAGGCGACGAUCGUUUUUCGGUACAGACUGGAAAGCUCCAAAAAUUUCUGGACAGUGUUGAGGACAAAAAAUUGCCGUCUCGGGAAACAGACAUGUACAAUACGAUCAAUAAUGAUCUACUGAUUCCUCUUAAAGAUGUCCCAAUCUCCUAUUCCUGCUACAUUAGAAAGAAUGGUGCUAUGAACGAUGUACUGAAUAGCUGCAAGGAUGGUGUGAAGUCCUUAGAUGCCCUCCUCGAAGAAAAGUUUGGCUUAACUGGCGACGAGAAUGACAGCGAAAAGAAUUGUAACAAGAAAAUUGGGGAAUACAUCAGCAAGGAAAACGUUAAAGAGAUGUGGAAUAAAAAGGCCAAGAACGAGAAUUUAAACCCCGAAUGUAUCCUGAACAAUGAAAACAGCAAACAGCUCAUAUGCCUGAAGGCGGAAAUAGGCAAAAAAGCAAAAGAUAUUAAGGAGGAAGGCAUGGACGCGUCUGAGGAGGCUAUCCAAAAGGUCAUUGACACUUGUCCGUCUAGUGUUCGAUCUGCAGUUCCUGAAGAGGUUAAGAAUACAAUCUGCACCCUGAAGAACGAUAGCGACCUGAAAUUGCCCCAAAUGAUAGCAGCAUUCUCAAAUUAUCCAGCGAGCGCGGUCCAGGAUGUGUACGACAACUGUCCACCAAAAGCUAAACGUCGAGAUAAGACGACGACGAAGAAUAAAAUCUUAGAAACACGUAAUUAAAAGUUCACAAGGGUACCAGGUAAAGUGACGCUCAGCCAAAAUGCCGACAGAAGUCUGGAGGCUUCGGUACCCAGGGUAACACUUAGCCUUAUCAUUUGAGAAUAAAGCAUAAAACGAAAGCAUUAAAAAUGUCUUAUACUAUCAAAUAUAGGGAGGGGAAAGGGCAGGACACAAGGAAUAACCAUCUCUAUGACAUAGAUCCACAAGAAAAACCUGAUGAUGGAAAAACCUGGAUGAAAAUGCUCAAUUCGAGAAAGAAGACACAAUUUCUUACAAUGGCUAUCGGUUCCUUGUAUUCCGGACUGAUUUUCAAAACACAAAUAAAUUGAGACAGAAAUGCACUUGUAGCGAACAGUAUUUACAUAAUAAUAAUACUUAGAUAAUAAUUAACUCUGUAACCCGAUAAAAUUAGAGCCAGGCAAGCCCCGCAUAAUCACACACGAAUCGAACGAACAACAUGCGCGCGACGAUUUCCCCUAAUAUAGCCGGAUCAAGUUUUUACGGUGUAAUACUGACAUUAAAGUUAUAGAAAAGCCAUAUUGGCUUCAA